GUCCGGACAGGCCCCGCUCGGGCCGCACGGCUCCCUAUGACUUAGGUCCUUGUGUCGGGGGGCUCCUGCUGCUGAGUCUGUGCUUCUCCUGCCUUGGAAUGUUCGCUUGGCUGCACUCCCCGGCGCCUCUCGUGUGCAGAACCACGAUUCAGCUUUGCUGUAGUUAUCCAGAGCUGCUCUUGUUUCCUUCUCCAGAAAAAAAAACAACAAAAAAAGCAUAAGUGGAGUAUAACUAAAUGCACCUUUUAGUUGACAACGUUGUCGGUAUCCAAAGCCACUGAUGGUCAUGUCUGAGACCUCUCUGGUGCUUUUUCCUCUGUGCUUUAAUUGAAAAGAUUUGGGUUUAAAGCUUUCCUUUUAUCCCGCUACAAUCAGCAUUUUUGUAUUUUGUUUGUCUAGCAGAUGAUGAUGAUGAAGAAGAUGAUGAAAAUUCUCAUGCUGAAAUGGAAGUGGAAAUAGGAGAAGACAGCAGUGAUGAUGAUGAUGAAGAUGAUAUUGAAAGCCUGCCCCAGGAUCCAGAAACCUGCCUGCAGAUGAACCAUGUGUACCAGGAAGUUAUCAAGGAAAAGAUUGAGGAAGUGGAGCUGCUCAUAGCACAAAACAAAGAAGAGCAGAAGGAAAUCACGUGGGAGCUUGAAGGUACAAAAACAGCCAAGGCAGGAGAUGGCAGAAAUCUACCAGCAAAUGUGUUUUUGGGUCAUUUUAUGAAACCAUACUUUAAGGAUAAAGUAACAGGAGUUGGCCCUCCUUCCAAUGAGGAUGCCAAGGAAAAAGCAGCUCAGGGCAUAAAAUCCUUUGAACAGCUGCAUUCAACCAAGUGGAAAACUGGAGAGAAGAUGCUGCUGCAGAAAUCUGUGGUGAGCGACCGCCUGCAGCGCCUGCUCCAGCCCAAGCUGCUCAAGUUGAGUUAUUGGAAUCAGAAACUGGAGAAAGUCAAGACUGAAACAGAAAAACAGAUCUUGGAAAAGCAAAUCAAAGACUUGGAGCGAGAAAUAGAGGCAAUAAACCAACUCCCAGAAAGUGACUUAAUAGGAAACAGAUUUGAUGAGCAUGACUGGGACAAAAUUUCAAACAUCCAUUUUGAUGGACAACGUAGCUCAGAAGAACUGAAGAAGUUUUGGCAAAAUUGGGAGCAUCCAAGCAUCAACAAAAAGGAAUGGACUGAGGAGGAAAUAGAGAAGCUGAAGCAGAUAGCAGCUAAAUACAACUACGUGGACUGGCAGACCAUUGCCCAGGAGCUGGGGACAAACAGGACACCUUUCCAGUGCUUGCAGAAAUACCAAAUCUACAACAAAGAUUUAAAAAGGAAAGAAUGGACCAAGCAUGAAGAUGAGAUGCUUUUAGAGCUUGUUCAAGAGAUGAGAGUGGGAAGCCAUAUCCCAUACAAGAAAAUUGCUUAUUACAUGGAAGGAAGAGAUUCUGCUCAGCUGAUUUACCGCUGGACGAAGAGUGUGGACCCCAGCUUGAAGAAAGGACCCUGGACACCAGAGGAAGAUGCUAUGCUGAUGGCUGCAGUUAAGAAGUAUGGGGAGAAGGACUGGUACAAAAUCCGGACAGAAGUGCCGGGCAGGAGCGACGCCCAGUGCCGGGGCCGGUAUUUAAAAGCUUUGCACUGGGAUGUAAAGAAAGGCAGGUGGAGUUUGGAGGAAGAGGAGAAGCUGAUUGAACUCGUUCAGAAGCAUGGCCUGGGUCACUGGAGUAAAAUAGCUUCAGAGCUGCCACAUCGGACUGGCUCCCAAUGCCUGAGCAAGUGGAAAAUCAUAAUUGGCUCUAAGAGGAAAAGAUCUAGGGCGACCAAACAAUGCAACAGUGAGGAGAGCUCCAGCCUGUCAGAGAGCAGCGGUGAGGACAUGGAGCUGGACCUGACAGACUGCACAGAGGAGGAGGUGACCAGAACCACCAGGAAGGAGUGUGCAAUCCCCAGCAUUGACCUGUGGAUACCAACAGGGACAGACAUUCAGGAGGUAGCCAGAGAGAGAUACCAAAUCCAAUCCCUCCUCUCUGCUGCCAGGGCUGGCACAGGGAGCAGCUGCGGUGACAUUCCAGGGGCAGGAUGUGAUGAAGACAAAGCUGUUGAUAAAUCAUGUGAGCUGAGCACCCUGCUGAGGGGCAUUGCACAGCCCUAUUCCACAGAUGUGCUGGUGAAGAAUGCAGAAGAAGUGAUAGCCAAGGCUUCCCAGUGUGGAAAAGAAGUGCUGCAGGUUAGCCUGGAGGAUGUGAGAACAAUAUUAAGAAAUAACACGAAAUUCCAGAGGAAACUAAUACUAAAACCUCCUGCCAGCCUUUUAGCCAAGCCCCCUGGAAUGGUUGCAGAUGCUGGCCAGGAUGUCCAGGAGCUGCAGGAGCUGCCAAGGAGAAUUCGGUACAGGUACAAGGAGCACUGGAGGAGGCUGAGCCUGGACAGGAAGCUGCUGAUGGCAGUGACCCCUUGGGUGGGCAAUGUGCUGCUGCCCUGCACCUUGCAGGCUGGGAGGAGAAAAGCUGCUGCUAUUCACAACAAUAAGUCAGUUGGUCUCACCAGCACUCCCCUGUUUGCACUACUCAUUCAGCUCUUCCAGAUUGACACCAAAGGCUGUAUGAAGAUUAUUAAGGAGAGGAGGCUGAGGCAGUUGGAGCUACAUGAGGCUAAUGCAAGGAGCCCUCAGCAGGCUUCCCAAAAUACAGAGACUUCUUCAGGCAACUCAUCCCAAGCUUGUUCUCAGAGGAAUUCCCAACAGGGCAAUCCGAAGGGUGCUGUCAGGAGACAACCUGCUGUGAGACCAAGGGACACUCCCACUGAUGCCUGGGAGAGCUGUGCCCCAGCUGGGCAGGGAGCCCCCCCAGCCCAGUGGCAAAGGCAGAAGCCUAAAACUGUCUCACAAUUGCUGUGGGAGAAGCGUUUAAAGGAGUCCCAGGCCAAGAACAUCAUGCAGAGGACAGUGCUGCUUGCCCCACAGCAGAGGCCAGCCAGCCUACUGCCUGCUCUUGUCACUCCACAGGCUGCUUCUCCCGGGGUUCCCAACAGCAUCCUGCCCUUCAGGUGGGUUGUGACCGCCCAGGCUCUGUUCCCCUGUGAUGUGCAGGCUGUGGUGGGUGUUCCCCAGGUAAUGCCAGCUGCUAAUGGGAGAAAUCAGUUUCAGACGACUGUGAUUUCCAAUGGCAAUGUCUGUGCUUUGGGAGAGACUCCUGUACCAGCUGGAGCAAAUCUGCCUCACCCCAGCAGUGCAGAGACAAAAGGACCAAGUUCCCAGCUGAAAGGAGUUCCUUUGGGAAAGGCAGCUGACCAGGGCACAGUUCUCUUACCUGUGGCCUCAGGGAGUCCUGGAUGCACCACAUCCACUAUUUCUGCUGUAACCCCUGUGCGUUCAGGUGGCUCCUCCAUGGCUCCAGAUUCCUUUGCAGCUCCAGCUGCCAGCCCAGUCCUGUGUGCUGUGGUGCUGCCUCAGACACAGCUCCCUGCCAGCACUCAGGGCUCUGGUUCCCAGCCUGUGCCCAGUCUCACCAGCUUGGGAAGGAGCAGUGACUCCAUCACAACAAACAGGUCAUCCUUCAACCCAGACAGCAUCAGGAAACGGGCUGUGCCCUGUCCAGGAGCUGCAGCUCCUCACAACAAUGUCCCAGGGAGCUCUGGUUGUUCUCGUGCCCAGGCACUGAGGAACAGACCCAUUGCCUCCAAACCACCGAGUGCUGAUGUCCCCCCCCAACCAAGCACUUCAAAUGCAGAGAAGAAUCUCCUUGACUUCAGCCUGAUCUCCCUGGAGGACGAGGGGCUGGUGAAGGAGUGGCUGAGUGGGAAACAAGGUGUUCAGGUGCCAUCACUGCAGACCAGGCUGCCUUAUCUGCCACCUUUCCUCUGCAGUAUAAAAACCCUCUCAAAGCUCCUUGUGCAGAAAGCAGCUCUGGAAGAGCAGGCAGCCUCUCUCCUGCCCUCUGAAGCCAGUGGGGAUGGGAGCACUGGGGAUGUUUUCCACGCUAUUGGAGAACUGGUGCAGCAGAAACUGGGUGAUAACCCUGCUUACCUCCUGCUGAAAGCCAGAUUCCUGGCAGCCUUCACACUCCCAGCUGUCCUGGCAACUCUGCCUCCUCCCAAAGUGACAACAACUCUGUCAGCCGGCGUGAAGCAACAUGAGGAGAGUGAUGACGAGUGGCAGAGUGAGAAAGAAGUGUCUGAGGAAGAGAGUUGUGGGAAAAAAUUACCAGGAGUACGAGAGGACUGGAGACUUAAGGAUGAGCCUGGAGACAAAAAUGCUGAUUUACUAAAUCAGGGCAUGAGGGCUGAGGAGAGCCCUGCUCAGUCUGCCCUGGGCUCCUGCACUGACGAGGAUGAUGCCAGAGCUCCCCAGCUCAGGAGAAGUACCCGCCUCAGGAAGAGGAGGAGGAGGAUAUGAGAAGGAAAUGUGUCAGUAGCUCCUCAGUGGUUUGUACAUCUUGCUGAGAAGCUGAACCACAUUUGUCUGUGGUUCAGCUCAGACAGUGAAUCAUGACCCCAGGAAAGGACUGAAAUGAUCUCUGCUCUUGUUCCCUGAGGACACAGAGUUCUACAGUCACCAUCAAUCACAGCCUAAGGCUGGUAACAUUUUGGGGAGAGGGAAAGUUGAUGUCUCUAUGAUAAAAUUAUGUAUAAACUCAUGAAAUUCCAACAUUUGGCAGCCUUUCAGUUCAUGCCCUGAACCCUACUUAGUAUGCACCUAAUUGGUAGCACUCUACAGGCUUGACAGUGGAGUUUUUCUUUAAUACUUCAUCUUUGAGCAGCUUGGUGGGGUUUGGGGUUUAUUUCCCCUAUUUGGCUUCAUUUCUGUACAGUUCUAACAGCUCACCUUCUGCAGGGUGCAAAUGGGUGAUGUCCUAAUACCUGCUGAGGCUUUUGGUGCACCGGAUGGAAUGAACAUGAAAAGUGUUUGAUUCACAUGGUUGUCAGAUGAGACUGAUUGAGUAUUUUUUUCUUGAAAAUACAUUUCAGGAACUCCAAAAAAUGUCACUUUCCUGUAAAAAUGCUGUGACUGAUAGGAGCUGUUUGUGCUUUGUUACAGGGGUCACUGGAGUGAGCUCUGCCUGCAUGGCAGAAGGAGAUAAUCUUUGCAUUGUUCACUUUUACCACCUCCAAUGCUUACUUGAUGGACCUGGGGAAGAGGAAAAUGCUGGAUUGAUUUUCCCAUCCCUCAACAAAAUCUGCAUCUGUAGGCAAGGUGUAAAAAUGAAGGAAACUGUCUGGAGGGAAAUCUUUCAGGCACAGACUUCUGCUCUUUCAAACUCCCACCUGCCAUAGAUGCUGAGGAGGAAUAUUGCUUGAAAUCCGGGGAAACGAGUAAUGGUGGUUAUUUAUUUCCUUCUUGUGUUAGCCCCUAUUUAUGUGAAUGUUUAUCCCUGUUCAGAAUAUGUUAAUUGGGUGUUUUUUAGUGCUGUGGCAGUGGCUUUGCUUGGUAACUGACUGAAUACUGUGGAAUAAGCAGCACAUUAAUUUUGUAUCAAAAUGACUCUUUAAGUAUUUGUUGAAAUACAGAUGUUUUAUUUUUCUCACUUAAAAAUUA